CUUCACGUAAUCUCGUUUUUCUAGCGACAUCGUUUUCGGUGGAAAAUGAGGGCAAAUUCAUGGAAACGUAGCUUACCAACAUUUGCAGAGAGAAAUGGAAAUGACUAAAGGAAAUGAGAAGGACAAAGCAUCGAUGGCUGAGAUACCUCUCCUCACUCCAUACCAGAUGGGAAUGUUCCAUCUCUCCAACAGGAUUGUAUUAGCGCCGAUGACGAGACAGAGAUCAUUUGGAAAUGUGCCUCAGUCACAUGCGGCUUUGUAUUACUCGCAGCGGACCACCAAAGGAGGGCUCUUGAUAACAGAGGCUACCGGCGUUUCGGACACCGCUCAAGGGUACCCAAACACGCCAGGAAUUUGGAGAAAAGAACAGAUACAAGGAUGGAAACCAAUCGUGAAAGCUGUUCAUGAAAAGGGGGGCAUCUUCUUUUGCCAGAUUUGGCACGCUGGGAGGGUUUCUAAUUACGGCUUUCAACCCAACGGGCAACCCCCAAUAUCUUGUACGGACAAGCCGGUAUCAUCUCAGCUGGGACAAGAUGGCACUAAAGAUGAAUUCUCGCCUCCACGUCGAUUACGGACGGACGAGAUCCCUCGGGUCGUGGAUGAUUUCAGGAUGGCUGCAAGGAAUGCCAUUGAAGCUGGCUUUGAUGGAGUUGAGAUCCAUGCUGCAAAUGGGUACCUGAUCGAACAGUUCAUGAAAGACGGAGUCAACGACAGAACAGAUGAAUACGGUGGCAGCUUAGAGAACCGUUGCCGCUUCGCUCUACAAGUUGUUGAAGCUGUUGCCAAUGAGAUUGGAGCAGAUAGAGUCGGUAUGAGGCUCUCUCCUUUCACCGAGUUGAUGGAGUGCACAGACUCAAACCCAGAAGCUCUUGGUAUUUACAUGGCGAAAUCGCUCAAUCAAUAUGGAAUCUGCUAUUGCCACAUGAUCGAGCAGAGGAUGGCAAUAAUAGAGAAGCUUGUAACUCCCCACAGCCUUCAACCCAUGAGAAAUGCUUUCAAGGGGACUUUCAUUGCUGCUGAGGGGUACAAUAGAGAAGAAGGGAACAGAGCUAUUGCCAGCGGUUAUGCAGAUCUGAUAGCAUUUGGUCGCUUGUUCUUGGCUAAUCCAGAUCUACCAAGGAGAUUUGAACUUGACGCACCACUUAAUAAGUAUAACAGAAGCACUGUCUACAUGCCCAAUCCGGUUCUCGGUUACACCGACUACCCAUUUCUUGAAUCUACUACCGAUUAGAUAUUGAAUUUUUAUUGGUAUGGCAGAUGUGUUAUCUUUGUAUUGAUGUUGUUUGGGAAGGCUUCUUUCAGUUUCAUGGAAUAUGAAGUGUAGAAGGGAGUAAUAAUGAAGUUUGGUAGCAGUUAGUGUA